GCCUCCCAGCCAGCGGGGCGGCGGGAAGAAGGGGCUUCGCGCCCGCCGUCGCGCUUUGUCCCCGCGCGGCCCCCGUCCACUUCCCCACGGGUGCUCCGCCGGCCGCGAAAGUUUCUCCAGGUGCGGGAUUCCGGGCUGGGCUACGUGUCGUGCCUGCCGGAGGCCAGUCCGCCCGCCGGCCUGGGUGCCUAUGCAGCCCAAGCCAUUAGAACUAGACAACAUGGGGAGUGUCUUCACAUUCGUUGCAGAAUGAGGAAACUGGGACUUGGAGAACUUGCCUAAGGUUACACACUGGUGAAUGGAGAGCUGGGAGUAAACACAGAUCUUAUCCACAGAGUCUCUGCAUGGAGCUGUGUCCUGCUGCCCAGAACCUGGAGAGAAAAUUGUACCACAUAUUGCUAGCCCAAGAAGAGCUGAAAAUCCAAAGUACAUUUUCUACUGAGUAUUUAUCAUUUUCACAACGUUGUAAAGUUGAAAAACCACAAGUACAACUAGCUCUCAUGUGUGAAUAUAAGUCUAGUGCAUCAUUGACCUAAGGACCUCACCAAUUGGAAGUUACAGUUUUCACUCUCAACCUGCCAUAUCCUUUUUGGUUCGGUUGUCCUACUCAGAAAGUGGAUACGCCUUUCUUUCAAGUGCUUUUGUUGCAGAGUUAAGCAAAUGGCUGGUAGUGGCUUGGAUAACAAAUCUACUCAGUGCCCCAUCUGUUCAUCUCCUUCUCAGAAAGAUAUACUUUGUUUGUGUUCCGAUAAACCCAGGGUUUCUCCAAUGUUGGUGGUGGAAAUGUCGCAGACAUCAAGCAUUGGUAGUGCAGAAUUUUUAGUUUCACCAGAGAGAAAAAAAGAAAAAAAUGGCAACAGAGACUUUACCUCUAUGAAGGAUGUGUCCUCAAGAACCUUAAGUGUCGAGAGAAAAGCAUCUCAACAACAGUGGACUCGAGGCACCGUCACAGAAGGAAAAGUCCCUCACAUAAGGAUGGACAGUGGAGCUGCUAUUGAGGAAAUCUAUACUUUUGGAAGAGUACUGGGACAAGGGAGCUUUGGAUUGGUGAUUGAAGCCACAGAUAAGGAAACAGAAACUAAGUGGGCAAUCAAAAAAGUGAAUAAGGAAAAGGCUGGAAGCUCUGCUGUGAAGUUACUUGAACGGGAGGUGAGCAUCCUUAAAAGUGUGAAACAUGAACAUAUCAUACAUCUGGAACAAGUAUUUGAGACACCUAAGAAAAUGUACCUUGUGAUGGAACUUUGUGAAGAUGGAGAACUCAAAAGAAUUCUGGAGAAGAAAAAGCAUUUCUCAGAGAAUGAGACAAGGCGGAUCAUUCAGAGUCUUGCAUCGGCGAUAGCGUAUCUUCAUAACAAGGAUAUAGUACAUAGAGAUCUAAAACUGGAAAAUAUAAUGGUUAAAAGCAGCUUUAUUGAUGCCAACAAUGAAAUAAACUUAAAUAUAAAGGUGACUGAUUUUGGCUUGGCAGUGAAGAAGCAAGGCAGGAGUGAAGCCAUGAUGCAGACCACAUGUGGGACUCCAAUCUACAUGGCCCCUGAAGUUAUCAAUGCCCACGACUAUAGCCAGCAGUGUGACAUUUGGAGCAUAGGUGUCAUAAUGUACAUUUUAUUAUGUGGAGACCCACCCUUUAUGGCAAGCUCAGAAGAGAAACUUUUUGAGUUAAUAAAAAAAGGAGAACUACGUUUUGAAAAUCCAGUCUGGAAUUCCAUAAGUGAAAAUGCUAAAAGUGUUUUGAGACAGCUCAUGAAAGUAGAUCCUGCUCACAGAAUCACCGCUAAGGAACUCCUCGAUAACCAGUGGUUAACAGGCAACACACUUUCCUCAGGGAGACCAUUCAAUGUGUUAGAAAUGAUGAAAGAAUGGAAAAAUAACCCAGAAAGUGAUGAGGAAAACACAGCACGUGAGAAGAAUAAUUGGCCCAUUCAAGAAAAAUCAAAAAGUUAUGAACUCAAAGGAAAUGUCCAUGAUGUCAAUGACACUUCAGAUGAGGAGGAAGAAAAACAGCCCACUGCUUCUGCAAAGGAGUCUCCUUCAACCAGUAAGAAGGCAAAUACAGACAGCGCGGACACGUGCUGUUCAACUUCCACGUCUGGCAAGCUCCUCCCCGCGGAUCCCAAGGCUGAACUGGAGAAAAGCCCUGUGACUUCAGGCCAAGGGACCACAACCAAAGUCACCGCUAAAUCCACUGCCCUGGUGGCUAAAACCAAAAAGAAACUGUAAGGCUCCCUCCGCUGCUGAACGGUGCAGAAACAGAACAGAAACCGCCCUCUCUAGUGCCACCACGAGGGGUAGGAGGGAACCAGGACAGCGCUCUCCUGAGCUUGUAGCCUCGGAGCUCCGCGGAGUCCUGCCACGCGCGUGUAUGUGCCCACUUAAAAUCCAAGCUGGUUCUCUCCGGAGCAGCGGGAACUGCUGCGCGCGGUGUUAAAGGAACAGCCAGCAGCAGGCCAGACGGUGGCUGCAGCCGGCGUCAGCUUGGUGAAUGCCAACGUUGCUGGGGGGUGGGGGACGCCCUCCGUGCAAGGCCGUGGGCACACUUGCUCGGUUUGACUUCAGAUUCUUAUAUUUAGGCACAGUUAUUUAUAGGGGGAAACAUGAGGCCCAAUAUGGUAAUGGAGGUUCCCAGUAGUUCUGUGCACUUUGCACUAUGAGACUUAGAAAAUGACUAAUAAACUUGCCAGAGGGCUUCAGGCA